GCUCGUGUUCAGCUGACCAAUAGCUCCAGGUCCAUUUCCUCUAGGCAGCCUUCCAGCCACUUUCCCCUAGCCUUGUAGCACUGCAUGGGGUUGUUGUAGCCAAAGUUCAGGAUCCAGCACUUGGUCUUGUUGAACUUCAUCCCAUUGGCCUCAGCCCAGGUACACAGCCUGUACCAAUCCCUCUGUAGUGCCUUCCUUCUCCCAGGCAGAUCAGCAUUUCUUGCCAAUUGGAAUUCAUCUUCAAACUUGCUGAGGGUGCAUUUGAUGCCCUCAUCCAGGGCACUGGAAAAGAUAUUGAACAGAACAGGCCCCAGUUCCAGCUCCUGGGUAACACCACUCAUGACCACCCACCAGCUGAAUUUAAUUCCAUUCAUCACUCUCUGGACACAGCCCUCCAGCCAGCUCUUUACCCAGCAAAGACUGUACCUGCUCACACCAUGGGCUGCAGUUUUCUCCAGGAGAAUACUGUGGGAGACACUGUCAAAAGCUCUGCUGAAUUUAAGGUGGUCCACAUCAUCAGCCAUUCCCUCAUCCUCCAGGCAUGUCACUCAAUCAUAGAAGGAGAUCAGGUUGGUCAAGCAGGACCUGUCUUUCAAGAACCCAUGGCUAUACUUUUAAAAGGUGCUGGAGUGAUGUUGACUCAGCAUCUGAGUUCACAUUCUCCAGCAACUCCCUGUGCUUCUUUCAUAUAUAUGCUGCACCUUCUAAAUUAUUCUUACAAUGGUCAUAAACACCGUCCUUUGGCUACUCUCACUGAAUCACUGUUACUUUUACAAAUCUACAAAAUUAACAGAGUUAAGGGGUAGAAAAAAACUUUCCUGCUUUUCAUCAUGUAAUAAGAGGUGUCACAAGCAUUUGAAAUGCAGGAGGAUGCCACUCUACAAAUUAAACACUCUCCUGUAAAUUCAAUUCACUGAAAAGCCUUUUGCUACCUGAAAAUCAGUGAUUUAGGAGCUAAACUAAGCCACUUUUGAAAAAGAAACUAUAUUACCCAUAAAUCGCUUAGAAUGCUCAUAAAACACACACAUCUACCAUCCCCCAUUUUCUGUUUAUCUGUGCCAGAAUUUUGCUGAGUUGGCAUCCACUGCACUGGCAGUUAUAUCCAAGCUGCUGAGACACUAACAGUCUAAUAAAGAAAAUCAAUUUGUGAAAGCAUUUAAUGCAUCUGAGUUAAAACCAUCUCACAAUGCAAAUAAGGGUUAGCACUAGAAGUGUGCUCAAAAUGACAAGUUUGUGAGUAAACUUGCAGCUUGCAGAACAAACAAUGUAUAUUAAAGAAAUGACACCAUUCCUUUCUAAUGAAUCCAAAAGUACAGUCUCAGUCAUGAGGGAUUAGACUCAAAUACCUCCCUCCUCAUUUUAUAUACAUACAUAUAUAUAUAUAUGAAAACAAAGCUGUCUGCUCGCUCUCUGCCCUUCCCCCUCUCCCGGAGCGAGUGUCCCGGGGCAGCCGGGGCCGGGGCCUUCCUUUUUUCCCUCGCUCUUUUGUCUCCAUUUUUUCCUUUUCCCGAGGCCUGUGCCCCCCAUCACGGACUGAUAUCUAGGGAUAACGCCGUGACAGGGGUGGUAGACAUCUCCACUUUCCAUCCACCUAUGAGGGCGUCUCAUUGCUUUAGUGUAUCUGUUCUAGAGCAAUGCUUAUAGUCCUCAAGACAGUGGGGCUCGGUGUGGUGUUGAUCAGAGAGUUUUGGAAGUGGAGAGUCCUGUCUCAUGAAACUGAGCAUGCGUUGGAGAAUGCACAUUGAAGGUGCUUCGUGCUGGGACAGCUCGCAGCAGCCCAUUUGCCAUGGCCAGUUGUGGUCCCCCUUUGCAGAUGGCUGUGGAAUUAAUCACGCUCAUCGGGGAUCACCUGGGGCAUGCAAGGGGCUUUGCGAUGUUUCAUGCUUGCCCUUGGUGCAUCGGGCAGCCAUCUUGCCCAUGCAAGUGCACAGAGCUCCUUCAGCAUGACCACACUUUCCUUCUGUGCAUCCUAGAGUUUCUUUCUGGCCAGAUGAGUGUGCCUGAGCUGAGAUACAGAGGCAGCGUCAGCACUGCACCCUGGGGGGCCUCGCUGGGCUCCCCCGCCCAUGCUGGGCCCAGAUGUGGGGGGACUGUGAGGUGGGCAGGUUCCCACAGCCCUCUGUGACACGUCACAGUGGGGCUCAGCUCUGAGUCGCUCUCCCCAGCGUCCCCCAGCCACAUUUCCCAGCGAGGCUUGGGAAGUGCCAGGGCUGUUCUUGUCAGCGCUGCUCUGCUCUGCUAGAGCUGCUCUGCCGGCAGGAGAAGGCCAGGGAAACCUUUGAGAUAGUGUGAGAAUCUGCUUGCCAAGAGCCAAGGAACAGGAGCAAGGGAGUGAGCACCGCUUGUCCAACUGCUGCUCAGCAUGGAGGUGGUUGGGGUGUUCAGAUACCUGCUCUUCGAUCCCUUGGAUCCCAAUGAGCUUUCCUUACUCAAGGAGCUCACCACAUCGGAAAUCUGCAGAGUGUGGGAUGCCACAUCCAAGUAUAUUUGCAGACAACUGCAGGAGAAGAAGGCGGUGGAUAUCGGGAUUGGGAGCUUUGCAGUUGUGCCAGCUCGUGCCGCCGCUGGAAAGGAUGGGGUUCUGGAUGUGGAUAAACCCAUUUUCCACAUGAGCCGUCACAUCCAGAGAUUUUACAAGCUCAAGCAGCCUAAGACCAGAAUUCCUCUUGAGAUGUUCGAGUAUCCACUGGACUUUGAGGAGAUUGCUGAAAGCAUCCACUUCCGUGCACCAAUCGUAGAGCAGUGCAUCCAUGAGACCCUGCUCUUCUUUGCUGAGGCGCUCCGAGGGAAGAAGGAAGUUGACUUCUUCUUCAGCAGCCUUGGCAUUCUUUCUGUGAGAGGGCAGGAGGUCAUCAUGAACUUCUUUGACAGCUGUGCACUGCAGGUGGAUGCAACGGGCAACAUGCUGCCUGCUCUUCUUGGGGACCCCAAGAUGAUGAACAUGAUUGCAUUCAGAGGCAAAAACAAAUUUACUCGACGCAGUGAGGAUGGCUGCGUCAUGCUGCCAAGGAUUGAAGUUCAGGAACCAAAGACUUACAGACGACUUAGUUCCCUCAAGCCCCGAAGAGAUUCACAGCCAUGGGGCGGGGGUGCCCGAAGAGUGAGCAUUUAUGAUCCAGUGGUGCUGGCUCGACGCAGGGUAUCUCAGGUUUUGAGGAUAGAGAGAAAAUUCAAGGAGCUGGAGGAGGAAAUGCAAAGGGAUAAAGCCAGCUUUGUGCCACAGCCUGAGGAGGUGCAUGCUGAAGAGGUGGAACAACCAAAACCUCCAGAUGAGCCGGAGCCCUCUGCCAGUGCCAAGCAGUCCUCCAGAGUGGCAGCGCGCUUGAUGCGUGCUGUGACUGAGGAGAAACGGCUCCAGGUGCUGAUGGCCUCCAAGCGCAAGGAGGUCGAAGCUGAAAUCCAGACAGAGUGCCAGGAGUACAUACAGAGGCUGAGCGCAGAGAGAAGCCAGAACCCCUUCCACCGCCAACUGGAAGGUGACCCUCGUCCUUCCUACAUUGUGAGAAGGGAGUACGAUCAGCAGCUGAAAGAGAGGCUGAAAGGGAAGGACAGGUGCCAAAGCCUCGCAGGGCAGACAGCACCAGGGGACUGGCAGAAGAAGCUGCAGCUCACAGGGACAUCACGGGAACAGAAUAGAGAGAAGACGAGGCUCUUGGACCGCCGUGGGAAGGCCCAGGGCCUGCCAGCCCUGAUAGGAAGCUGCCAGGCGGCUUCUGGCUGCAGCGGCCGUAGCCAUCACGGCCUGCACCAAAACUCCCCUUCAGGCACCAGCGACUGCACCCAGGCGCACUCAGGCAGAGCCUCCCACUGCUGCAAGCUGCCACCUUUGUACGGGGAGAGCUGUCAGCAGCGGGGCCAAGGGGCACCUUUCCAAAAGUAACAUCUUCAAUCAAGCUUUCCAAAAGGAACAUCUUCCAUCAAACUUUUCAAAAGGAACGUCUUCAAUCAAGCUUUCCAAAAGUAACAAAAUCCUCAAUCAAGUAGCUUAACAUCUUCAAUCAAAUUUUCCAAAAGUAACAUCUUCAAUCAAAAUUUCCAAAAGGAACUUAACAUCUUCCAUCAAUCUUUCCCAAAUUAUCAUCUUCCAUCAAAUAAAGAAAAAUUCACCCCAUACAUAGUGUUUGCCUUAUGUGGUUGCUUUGCGCCCACAAACUUCAUUGCCUCAGCAGUUGCUUCAGAGUCUCAGCAAAGCAGCAUUCUGCUUAGGGAAGGUUGUUAUUCCUAGAUAAGUGGGACAUCUGAAGCCUUAAAGCAGUCCGAACAUUCCAUAAUCCACGGGGAGGUACAAUGGGUCUCAGUCCAUUGAUCAGAGGAGGAAGUUCA